AGUAAGGAAGAAUGAGAGGGAAGGGAGGACAGAUAUGGCAGAAGGACAAAGUAAAGGGAGGAAAGGAGGAGUGGGAGAAGGAGAAAGUUGAGGGAGAGGUGGAAAGGAGGGAGAAGGUGGAGGGAGGAAAGGAGAGAGGGGAGAAGGAGAAAGGAGGGAGUGAGGAAAGGAGAGAUGGAGGGAGAUUGAGGACGAGAAGAAGAAAGCAGAGAGAGGGGAGGGAGGAAAGGAGAGCAGGGGAGGAGGAGAAAUCAGGAAGAGAGGAGGAAAGGAGAGCAAGGGAGAAGGAGAGGAAUGAGAGAGAAGGGAAAGAAGGAAGGACAGGAGAAAAGGCAAAAGCCGAAAAAAGGAGAACAGGGCAGAAGGGGAAAGCAGAGGGCAGAAUGCAGAGUGUGAUGGAGGGAGGGGAGGAAUAGGAGCGAAGGUAGAAAGACAGGAGAAUGAGAAAUUGAAGGGAGGAAAGGAGAUCUGGGGAACAGGAGAAAGUGGAGGGAAGAAAGGAGAGCAGGGAGAGCUGAAAGAGGGAGGAAAGGAGUGCACCAGAGAAGGAGAAAGCAGAGGGAAGAUGGGAGCAUUGACUAACGAUCAAUUGGUUUGAUCAGAAAUUUGAGAGGACAUAAUGCAGUGACUUGUGGCAGUGUUUUUGGAGCUUUAACUGGCAGUUAAUUGAAUUGAUUAGCAAGAACAAAUUAUAGUGAGGGAGGGGCAAGCAGAGAAAAAAAAGGUGCAUAGCAGUAUAGGCAGAUAUGAUCAACUGAGUUACUUAUGGAAUAUAAUGAACACUGAAGAAAGAAAUCAGGAGAACUAAAGGAAGGCAUGAAGUUGCUCCAGCUGACAAGAUAUGACAAUAUGGAGGACAAACACAAUUUUCAGAAUGAAACUGGACAGGAAGGAUCAAAGUUGGAUUUGGAGCAAGAGGGGAUGGAAGAGCAGCUUUGUGAACACAAUGAAGAAGCAAUGGGAAGUGACAAUGAGAUUUUAGGUGAAGAUGACUCUGAAAUUACAUGGGAAGGAAGUGAAGAGGAAAUUACCCCUUCACAUCAAAAGAGGUGGGACUACUGUGAGAAGGCACAGAUACGAAAAUGCCAGAGAAUUCAGCUAGAGUUUGAACUUCUCCUUCAGGAAAAAGAUUUGAAAGUCCAAAAACUGAGAGACAAAUUAAAAGAAUGUCGGGGGAGAUUGGAAACUUUAAUGGAACAAAGAAACAAAGUGGAAGAAGAUAUUCAAGAGCAAGAAAUGGUCAACAAUAUGGCUGCUUUGUUUCGUCUUCGAGCACAGCACAGACGGUUGUGUGAAGAGCUUCAAAAGGAGGAGAACAUUCAUUUAAAAACUGAUUUGACAUUGAAGGAGAAUGAACUUGAACUCUUCAAAGUUGAGCUUGAGCAAGCAAAGGUAUUGCAACUCCAUGAACAACAUAAGAAAGAUGAGGAAGAGUACGAGGUCCAACGUGUACUUGAGGCCAAACGAAGACUGGAGGCCAAUGAGGCUGCUCUUCUCCAGGCAGAGAAAAGGAUAAAAAUCAAAAAGAAACACAUAAAAUAUGUUAAAGAUCAAGAAUUAAGACACAAGAAAGCAGUGGAGAAGGCAAAGCAGUACAAUCAGAAGGCAACACAGUUUCUGAAAGAAUCCAUGGCUAGAGUUCGUAAAGAACAAGCUGAACAAGAGCUACAGAUAAAAGAAGAUCUGGAGAAGAGAAUGCAAAGUGUACUGUCACUGAAGAAGAACAUCGAGUUAAGCCAAGAAAAUCAACGAACAAUACAGCUGAGGAGAAAAGCUUUGGCCGAAGCAGAGAAACAAAAGCAGAAAGUAGAAGAAACCAUGAUGUUAGAGAGUGGUAUUGCUCAACAAUUUAUGAUACAUGCAAAGCUACAGCAAGAAUUUGAGAAAAAGAAACGGGAAUUUACAGAGCAGCAGAAGACUGCAAAAGCAGAAGUUAUGGCUAAGAUCCUUAGAGAAGAAAAUAAUAUGGAAAAGAAGAAACAAAUCAAUCCAGGAUUAUUCCCCAAAACAUCUAAAACACUAAAUAAUGUUUCAGGGAUGGGGAAACAUAGAAAAAAAAUGUACAAAUACCCGGAGAAUAUCUCUGAAGAUAAGGAAUCUAUUGGUAUUGAUGAACGACAAGAAUAUCAAGUUCUCUCAUCGGAUUCAGAGGAAGAAACAGUCAUGGGAAAGAGCCAAGAUCAUCAGGUGCCAGACGCUAACAAUGAUGAGGAUGAAGAAAGUCUGAAUCAGCCUGAAUUUUCCGGGCUUUGGGAUUAUGAGCAGAAGCCAUGCCAGGAUGAACCUAUGGACAAACACUUUGGAGCAGGGAAAAGUAAAAUGGAACAAGAAAUCCUCAAACGACAACUGGAUAAACAAAGAAGCUGGAUCAUUCAUAAACAGGUGGCAGCUGGCCACGAAUUCAAGGGUUGUCCUUUCUAUAGUAAGCCAGCUGUUGUUCAUUUCAAGAACUUUGAUAUUGGGAAAACUUAUAAGAAAAAGGCAAAUCUGAUAAAUGCUUCAUACUGUAUCACUUACUGUAAACUGAUUGACAUCAGUGAUCACGUGAAAGACUUCAUUGAGGUUGAAUUCAAGCCUCCUGGUCCAAUUUCAGCUGGUAUGUCCUGUGAGAUGACAGUAAUUUUCAAACCUAUGCUAAAUGAAGAUCUUGAAGGAGAAAUAAUGUUCCAGGCUCAAACAGGAUCCUUUACUGUCCCACUUAAAUGUACAACGAAAACAUGUGAUCUUUCUGUAGAUAAAACAUUCGUUGAUUUUGGACCCCACGUUAUUGGUGAAACCAUUACACAGACCAUAACGCUGACCAAUCAUGGAGCAAGGGGUGCUCAUUUUGAGUUUCUACAAUUGAAUUUCACUUCAGCAGUGUCUAAGGAGUCGGGAACCAAAUUGACUCCUUCAGAAGUUGAAGAAAAGAAUAAAGAAGAUUUGUUUCUCAUUGAUCACCCAGUUUCCAAUGAGAUCAAAAUUGGCCAGGUCACGAAGGAUGACAUUGGCCCAUUUUCUUCAAUCAAGUUACCAAUAAUCUUUCUACCUACAGUUGCUGGCACCGCACAAGCAGAUCUUGAGUUGGUAUUUCCUUAUGAAGCCAACAAAAAUAUAUCCAUUAAGGUUCAAGCACAGGCCAUUGACGUACCAGUCUGGGUUUCAAAUCCUAAUAUAGACUUGAAAAUCUGCAUGUAUGACCGGCUAUAUCAAGAUGCCAUCCGUGUUCACAACAGGGCGUCCUUGGGGCACCAGGUAAAAUUUGUGGUGUGCAAAGAGCUGAGAAAUCAUCUGGAAUUUUUACCUAAAAGUGGAUUUAUCCAAGCACACUCCAGUUUAAGUUUUCAACUCAAAUUUCUGCCAAGAAAAUCUUUACCUGAAGAUGCUAAUAUUUACUUUAAUUCGUCAACACUUGUCCUGCAGGCUCCAAUGAACAUCUGGGUGGAAAAUCAGAUUAGAUUAAUUUCAUUUACUGUUCACGCUGUCGUCACCAGCUCAGACAUAGAGAUUGAUCCUCAAACAAUUGACUUUGGUCCUUGUUCAAUCUAUGAGACAGUUGUGAAAACUAUCCGGCUCAUGAACAAAUCCAUCUUGAGCCAGGAGUUUGGAUUUGUUGGCAUUCCCGAGUGUGUUGACGUGCAACCCAAUGAUGGCUUUGGAGUACUCCUCCCUCUUGAGGAACUGAGUUUGGACAUCAUGUUCAAAGCUAAACAAGCCAAGGAGUACAACUUUGAGCUGAUUUGCAAGUCUGAAAUCAACAGAGAGUUCAGGAUUUCCUGUACAGCUGUCGGAGUCGUCCCCCCACUGCAUUUGUCGCAUUCAGUGGUUCACUUCGCUGCUACAGCCCUAUAUGAUUUGUCUACAGUGACUCUGUAUGUGGUGAACUCACGCACCAACCAGAAUAAAUUCACACACCCCGAAACCCGGAUCAGAAGUGGAAAAGUUGCUCCUGUGGGACCCACAACGUUUGAAUUUAUCAUUCCGGAAUUCUCCCAUCUAACCAUCGUGCCUGCUGUUGGGACAGUGUUGCCAGGACAGAAAUGUAAGGUGGUCCUAACGUUUAAGCCAACACUAUCAGACCUGCAGAUCCAAGAGGAAGCUGUGCGAAUGUUGUGUUGGGCAGAAGAAACCAAGAGGAUCUUGGAGAAACAGGAGACAGAGAGCAUUGCAAAAUCAGAACAGGACACAUCAAACAAAAAGAACCCACAAUCAAAACAAAAGGAUUUAAGGGAGCACAGUCCAAGUUCUCCUAGACCACCAAUCAAGGAGACCAACACUCCAUUCAAGCCCCCUGAUCCAACAGACAUCAUUGUAGAUUCAGAGGAUUACAAUGCUGCUCUUGCUUCUUUGCUGAGGAAUUUCAAAGAAGAAUUCCAUAGUUUUGUCAUUCCCUGUUUUAUUAUGCAUGGAGAUACAACAAGCCAUAAAAAGGAAGGUUACCCUCCUUACAGCAUUCACAACACCCUGUAUCUAGAAGUUAAUUGCCCUACAAUUGCCCCACCACUCGUACUUGUUCCAUGUAACAAGCGGAAUAUUGUAGACUUUGGAGAGAAUGCAGAAGGGCAAAGAAUAGUUAAAAAGGUCAUGGUUCAGAAUAUUUCUCAAGAUGAUCUGGAGCUGAAAUCAACUCUGCUGGAUCCCGGAGGUCCCUUCCAGCUGUUGAGUUUCCUUCGAGCCCUUCAACCAGGGGAAACUCAAAAUCUUAUCUUUUCCUUCAUGCCAACUGCAAGUAAAAUGUUCUAUGAAUCGAUGGAAAUUAUCACAGCGAAAGCCAGCUGCUCCCUGAUCCUGACUGGAUUUGGUAUAGACCCAGUAGUUUCCUGCUCUGUGGAGAAACUACUGGAUACGGGAUAUGUUCUUGCAAAUCAAAAAAGAACAGUAACAUUUCAGUUGCAAAAUGCAACGAGGCUGCGUGUAAUGUUUCAUAUGAAGUUGGGGAGUCUGUCUUACACAAAGUUUAAAGAGCAGCAAGAGUUACCAUCGUUCUUAACAUCCAGUGAAGUAUCUGUUUCUUUAGUGGGUACUCAGAACUACAGUGGCCAGAGUGUCUUCAGUGUUUCUCCUGUUAAAGGAUGGAUAGAUGCAAUGCAUACUCAAGAAUUUGAAGUGACCUUCAGUCCUGACCAUGAAAGUCUAUGUUACUCGGAUGUGAUAUACAUAGAGCUGUUUGAUAAGGUCAGUCACACAAUCCAGCUGAAGGGAGCUGCAAGAGAACAUAUGAUGUUUGUUGAAGGUGGAGACCCACUCGAUGUCCCAGUGGAAUCUUUAAGCAUCUUACCAAGUUGUGAGCACAUGGAUGGAAGCGAUAUCCCUCAGCCACUGAAGUCAGUUCUGCUCACUUUGAAAAGCAUCAAGUCUGACAACAAAUACAACACUGCUUUGAGGGAAUUCCAGGUAGGAUGUAUCCGAUCAACUCAGGCUGCUGGAAAAAAGAGUGUUGAGUUCAUCAUUGACAGUCCACAGGCUGCUCACGUGAAAGGAUUCACCAUUGAUCCGGUCCGAGGUGUGGUGGAGGCUGGCAGCACUAAGACAAUUACUGUCAGCUGGGCUCCCCCUAGUGGUCAUAAUGCACUUAAGAUAAUCUCAGCCACCAUUAAAAUGACCAUCAAAGGCGACAUCACAGAGAACUACCAGAUCAUUUUGAUGGCCAUGGUUGUCGUCACUUAACGUGAAGAACUGGAAGGAAUUGUUGAGAAGGCUUCCUGUAUAUAUGAAAUUUAUACAUUGUAGAAAUGACUGAUUAAUUUAGAAUCCAAUGUUUAUUUUAAUGAGUUGGAACCAGACUAAAACACAGCAUUGUGCACUGACCUUACCUAGCACCGAUAUUUGUUUAUGUUGCAACCUUGCCGUGAUGAGGAAGUUCUUUUAGUGAAGUCUUUGCAAUUCUAAAUGUGUUCUGAAGUUUGUGUUCACAUUAUCAGGCCUACUUCUACUGACAACUACCAGCCUGCAUAUACAGCCACCUCCCAGUCUCCACCCAGCUAAUAGGAUUCACCUGCCAUUUAUUCCAGACACAUCACCUGCAGUCUAUUUAACUCCAGUUCUCAUCCACAGUCCUUGUACACUUAUCGAACCAGCCAGCCUCAACCAGUUUCUCUGAGCCUUCACUCUCCCUGCCUAAAGCUUACCUUGUUGUCUAUUCUGUUCUCACUUAUUUUGUGACUUGUUAAUUUGCAGUCUCAUACUGAAGUUAUUUUUCACCACUAACUCAUCUCCACUGCUCUACUUCUGGGUUAAGCCUCCUCUACAUUUCCUGACACAAAUUGAAAUAUUUUAAGGAGCUCUCUAAUACAUUAAGUCCUGUACUUUUGGGCCAAGCCUCCUGUCAUGGUGUGUGCUGGCAAUAUUGGAACCCAAGUGCAGAGGAAGGACAGACUCUGAUGUAGAGAUGGUGAUGAGAAUUUAAUCAUAAUAAUUCUAAAAGAACAUCAGUGGCUCGGCCAAGCAACACUGCGAAAAGUAACAUCCUCAAAACUAGGACCCCACAAUUAGGGCUGAUUGGGCAUCCUUUAAAUAAUACAAGUAACAUGGAAUCCCUGAGCCUGUCAGCCUGAACAAGCUUAAACAGAAGGUUCCAGGAGACUGUAUUACAAAGUGUGAGUCGCUCAAGAAAAACACAAGGAAUUCUAAAUGACUAACCACUCUUGUUAAACAACAUUCCCGCCACUUUCUGUAAGGAAAUUGUAUGUUUUUCCCAAGACCGCAUGGAUUUUCUCCAGGUGCUCCUGUUUCUUCCCACAGUCCAGAGAUACACUGGUUGGGAGGUUAAUUGAUCUUUGUAAAUAGUCCCGUAAUUAGGCAGGGUUAAAUCAGGGGUUGCUGGGCAAUGUGGCUCGAAGGACUGGACCUGAUGAACUCAUUAUACCUCCUCUACAUUUCCUGACACAUACUGAAUUAUUUGCUUUUGUAACCAGUUAUUCUUACCAAAGUAUAUUUUAAGGAGCUCUCUCAUACAUUAACUCCUAUACUUUUUGGUGCUUCUGUAUCAACCCAGAUGUUCUAGUGAGCAGCCAUUGGUUAGGGUGACACUGUCUUAUGCUUUAAUGAUAAAAUUAUUUGCAAAUGUGUUAGUCAAAAUUGGCAAGGAUCAAACUUUGCUUAAUACAACAUGGAACAUAGAACACUACAUCACAAGAACAGCAUUCAAGCUUCAAGAUUGUUUGAUGUUAUUUCCAGUACACAAAUGUAAAGCAGAAUAAAAUAAUUAUUACUCCAGAUCCAAUGCAACACAAAAAAAAUGUCUGCUUGCAUUUACCCUAUGUAUGUUCCUUAUAAAUUUGUAUACCUCUAUCACAUCUCCCUUCAUUCUUUGACAUUCUCAGAAAUGGAGUCCUAACCUAUUCAACCUUUCUCUAUAAAUGAGGUCCUCAAUUUCCGGCAACACUCUUGUAAAUUUUCUCUGAACUCUUUCAAUCUUACUGACAUCUUUCCUGUGGGUAGGUGACCAAAACUGCACACAAUACUCCAAAUUAGGUCUCACCAAUGUCUUAUACAACUUUAACAUAACAUCCCAUCUCUUGUACUCAGUACUGUGAUUUAUGAAGGCCAAUGUGUGAAAAGCUUUCUCUAUAACCCUAUCUACCUAUGCAUCCACUUUCAAGGAAUUAUGGAUCUGAAUUCCCAGAACACUAUGUUCUACUGCACUCCUUAGUGUCCUACCGCUCACCAUGUAAGUCCUACCCUGCAAUGUCCUCCCAAAGUACAAUGCCUCUCACUUGUCUGCAUUAAAUUCCAUCUGCUAUCUUUCAAACACGAGGUAAUCUGCAAAUGCUGGAAAGAUAGUAAGAGAUUUGAAAGUAGGAGGGGGAGGGGGAAACCUGAAAUGAUAGGAGAAGACAGGAGGGGUGGGGUGAAGCUAAGAGCUGGAAAGGUGAUUGGCAAAAGGGAUACAGAGCUGGAGAAGGGAAAGGAUCAUGGGAUGGGAGAAAGAAAGGGGGAGGGGAGCACCAGAGGGAGAUGGAGAACAGGCAAAGAGUGAUGGACAGAGAGAGAAAAGAAAGGAGGGGGGAAAUAAAUAAAUCAGGGAUGGGGUAAGAAGGGGAGGACGGGCAUUAACGGAAGUUAGAGAAAUCAAUGUUACGCCAUCAGGUUGGAGGCUACCCAGAUGAAAUAUAGGUGGUGUUCCUCUAUAACCUAGGUGUGGCUUCAUCUUGACAGUAGAGGAGGCCAUGGAUAGACAUAUGAGAAUGGGAAUAGGACGUGGAAUUAAAAUGUGUGGCCACUGGGAGAUCCUGCUUUCUCUGGCAGACAGAGCAUAGGUGUUCAGCGAAACGGUCUCCCAGUCUGUGUCGGGUCUCACCAAUAUAUAAAAGGCCACACCGGACCAGAGACAGUAUUCCACACCAGCCGACUCACAGGUGAAAUGUUGCCUCACCUGGAAGGACUGUCUGGGGCCCUGAAUGGUGAUGAGGGAGGAAGUGUAAGGGCAGGUGUAGCACUUGUUCCACUUACAAGGAUAAGUGCCAGGAGGGAGGUCGAUGGGAAGGAAUGGGGGGGGACGAAUGGACCAGGGAGUCACAUAAGGAGCAUUCCCUGUGGAAAGCAGAAAGAGGAGGGGAAAGAUGUACUUAGUAGUGGGAUCCCUUUGGAGGUGGCGGAAGUUACGAAGAAUUAUAGGUUGGACCUGGAGGCUGGUGGGGUGGUAGGUGAGCUGUGAUCUGCUAUCUUUCAGCCCAUUUUACCAACUGGACAAGAUGCCACUGCAAGUUUUGAUAGUCUUCCUUGCUGCUCAACACACCCCCAAUCUCGGUGUCAUCUGAAAUUUUGCUGAUCCUAUUUACCACAUCAUCACAUCAAUUUAUUUACUAUUUACUUACUUCUGUUGUUAAUGAUUACAAUAUUGCAGAAUAUUUUUGUUGUUAAACAGUAAAUAUUUACAAGUUAGAGAUGGAGGCUGGAUUCACUUUGACCAUAUAUCACAUUUAUUUAAAGACUCUAACCUCUAUUUCAGAACUUGUAGCAAAAGUAACUCCAUGGCAAUGGUGUAAAUUUCCACUUUGAAGUUCUGUGUUCACUUAUCAAUCUAUUGAUCAGUCUUUUAAUGGAUGUUACCCCAGCCAACAAUGUCCCUGGACAAAUUCAGAUGGAAAGAUCAGGUACUGAUUUAUACAAGUAAUUCAGUUUGGAAUUUAAGGGUGCGAGAACAUGACCUUAGCAGGUUCUGAUUUUAGAAAACUAGGCAGUUGUUAACCAUUAAGGACUAUGCUGUAUGGGUCAGCUUGUGGUUUAAUUAAUUCAAGCAAAUAUUAAUCCUUUAAAACCUUCCACCCAUCCUUGCAGUAACGGGAAAUUGUAAAUGAAGUGAAUUCAUGGGAGACAGAUCCCACUGGUGGACACAGAGCACAGAUUAUAAAGAGAUUGGCAAAGGACCCUGAAGUAUUGUGAGGAGAAACCUGGUCUUGCUGUAACCAGUCCUGGUCUUGAACGCACUGCCCAUGAGAGUGGUGGAAGCAGAUACAAUUGUGGCUUUCAACAAAGAUCUGAAGGGAAAAUGUGACAGAAAGUAGUGUGGCCUCACUGGUUGUGUAUCUCUAUACUAUGAUGGUUCUAGGAUUGUGUAAUUCUAAAUUAUAGGUGGAGUUUCAACAUUAUGAUAGCUCAAUAGAAGGGAGAUACAAUAUUGUAACUGACCAUUGAAUUGGAUUAAACUCACCAAUUAAGAGCUUGAUUUAGAGGAAAAACAUUUAAAUUAUGCUCCAUUUUAAUUGAUUUAUGAUUGCUUUUAAUAAUAUGCAACAAUGGCAGUAACAUUGAGAGUAGAGAGAUUUGGGUAGUUCAAGAAAAAUUGUCUUUAAGGAAUCAAAGGUGUUUGUGGAUGUUGCACAGAUUCAGAAGUCAGCAAAUCCACGAGCCCACUGAAGGCCAAAGAAGAUGGCCUGUCCUGGGGUUAGAGGACUGUGUAUGUGUGUGGAUGGAUGGGUGGGAGGGAGGAACAGAGCUUGUUUUCUUGCUUGUGUUUUGUGUUGUUGUACAGAAUAUUGUGGUGUCACACCUCGCUACCAGCUAUGGGUGAGUGUCCUCGACAAGGGUCACCAGCUGGAAAAAACACAGAUGGUAAGCCACAAAGGCAUAUUAGUGCAAAGGGGUUUUAUUUAGUUUUGGGGGGGAAAAGGUGUAAAAUCUGCCCAAAAGUUGUGAAGAAAAAAAAUUUUACAAAUAGCCAAAUGAAAAACAAACAAAACAUACAGAGGCUUUCUUCACGACACUUUAACUUUCCAAUAUAACUAUUUACCAACCGUCAACUCCAACUUCCACAUCCCUCUUGCAAAGCCAGGUUGAGUGUUUAAAUCUGGCCAAAAUCCUGCUUUUGGUCUGGGGUGGGGUGGAGGGUUAAAGAUGUGACCAGACUAUUAUAAUAAUUUCAGGUGCAGAAUUGGAACAUUUUAAACAGGGAUUCUAACAUCUUACAGUUUUAUUCCACAACAAAUGCUUUAGAUAAACCCAUAGAUCAGUGUCCACAUGCUCAGAUGAAUGUAAAAGAAUAAUGCCUCCCCAUCAGUGGUGUUGCCUGCAUAAGCUGUAGUGCAUCUGCUUCCACUAACACAGGCACUAUUUUAGGAUGUCCCAAACUGCCACUCGUGUCCUUUGGGACUGUUCUGCUGUCUUCAAACCAAUGUAACAGUGUGAGUGAAAAUAAAUGAAACUGUUUGGAAUGCCUGGGGCUAUUUCUGAUGGCCUUGACCUUGUCAACCAGUGGCUGAACUAGUCCUUGCACUAGCUGAUAGCCAAGGGUCUGUGUCUCAGCGCAGGCCCGGUCACACUUCUGGAUGUUCAGUGUCAAGCCAGCGGCUGCAAUCUUCCUCAGGACAUCCUCAAGGUGCUUCAGGUGGUUCCCAGCUGCUGCUGAAGAUGAUCACGUCAUCCAGGUUGGCUGCAAAAUGCUUCUCAUAUCCCCUGACCACAUAGUCAAUCAGCCGUUGGAAGGUCGCUGAGGCUCCAUGCAGCUCGAACAGCAAGACAGUGAAAUGAAGGAGGCCAAGGUGGGUGCCGAAUGCGGUAUACAUGAGAGUGUUUUGCCAGUGGGAUCUGACAAUAACCCUUGCAGAGGUCAAGGGUUGUAAUAAACUUGGCAGAGGGCAUACUAUGUUGAUGCCAGAAUGUAUGGUGACACUUGUGAGCAGCCCGGAGCACUCCUUUGUAUGUGUUAGUUGUUACUGCAAAUGGUACAUUUCACUGAGUGUUUUGAUGUUCAUGAGAUAAAUAAAUCUGAAUCUGGAUCUGAA